AUGAGUAGGUACGCUUACGUAUGGGUAGAAUUACCGGAUGGACAUAAAACAGCGUGUACAUUUUUAGAAGAGUUAUCUUUAAAAUUAGUUAUCGAACAUGACGGUUUAGAUAACUUUGAUGCAGAUGCUGAAGCCGAAUAUCUUGGUCUUACAUUAGAAGCCAUUCAUGAAUGUGUACAGCCAAAAUCAAUGACUAAAACAAAUAAAUUAUGGGUAAUGGAUUUAGAAAACUUUGGACGAAGAUAUUUCUGUGCAGUAUGGAAUACUAGCGAAAUUAGAGAAUCAGUUAUUGGACAGAUGCGUGAAAUGGAAAAACAAUAUGAAAUAAAGAAGAAAGUAACUGAAAAUAUUGAACAGUCAAAAAGAGAGAAAUUACAUUUAUUAACACAAUCACAAUCAUUGACAAAUAAUGAAGAAAUAUUAGAUAAUGUUGAAAUUACUGAUCAUGAAAUUACAUGCAAAGAACACUCUAUGUCAAAAGAUAAUGAUGUGAAUGAUAAUGAAAAUUCAUUGACACCUGAUGAUUAUUUUUUUGGUAGAAAUGGAAAAGACGAUGACGGAAUAGAUAUUGAAGAUGAAGAGACUCAAAUGAAGAAGAUAUCAACGUGGAGAAUGUGGAGGAACAUGAAGAAAAAGCGUUCAAUCGAGAAAACCAAUCGUUACAUUAAUGGUAAUCAUAAUGCAACAUGUGCAAGUAAUAAAGAUUGUCGUCAUCGUGACUAG